GGGAAGAGAAACCCUCACAAAACCCUUCGCCUGGCCUCCUCUUCGACCAGAAAACCCUAGAUUGCGCAGUUCCCGAUAUGAGAUCUAUCUUAUCCCUUUCCCUAUCUCGCAGCCACCUCCACUUCGGCCAUAGAACCUUCUCCGCCGAAGCGGCCACCGCCGGCAUCAAAUGCCCCAGAGACAGAGGCCUCGACCACGCGGUGGCAAGGGAAAAGAACCUCAGACCGCUUCUCUGCAUCAAGGACAUCAUCAGAUCGGAGCCGGCGAAGUCUCUUCCGCUGUCGGUGAUCACUGCUCAGAAGGAAUUCCUGAGAGUCCCCGUCCGUCCGAUCGAGUUCGUCAGGAGCUACCCCUCGGUUUUCAUGGAGUUUCUCCCUGGAGGAAUUGGCGUCCAUCCUCACAUCAAGCUCACUCCCGAGGCUCUCAAUCUUGACGCCGAUGAGCAAUUGGUUUACACGAGCGAGUCUUACAAGCAGGAAUUAGCUGAUAGGCUCUUGAAAUUGCUGAUGAUCUCCAGAACCAACAAAAUCCCCUUGCAGAUUCUCCAUUCGUUGAAAUGGAAUCUAGGGUUGCCUCAGGAUUUCGUUAAAAGCGUUGUGCCCGAGUUUCCUGAUUAUUUUAGGGUAAUCGUUACGAAAUCGUCCGGAGUUGAUGGGGAGUUAGAAUUGGUUUGUUGGAGCAACGAGCAUGCUGUGUCAGUUCUGGAGAAGAAAGCUAAAACUCAAGGAAAAGGUGAGUAUUCCAAAGGAACCGGUUUUGAGAUGGACAAGAAGGUGAAGAAAUUGGUGGAAGAGUGGCAGAAGCUGCCUUAUAUCUCUCCAUAUGAGAAUGCGUCUCAUUUAUCUGCCAGUGGCGAUGAGUCUGACAAGUGGGCGGCCGCUGUCUUGCACGAAAUCCUGAACCUUUUUGUGUCAAAGAAAGCUGAGAGGGAUACUAUUUUGGCUCUCGGUGAGUUUCUGGGACUAAGGUCGAGGUUCAAGAGAGUUAUUCAUGACCAUCCCGGUAUCUUUUACAUGUCAAGUAAGAUAAGAACUUACACCGUGGUCCUGAGAGAUGCUUACAAGAGGGGAAUGCUGAUUGAGAGCAAUCAAGUGGUGGCAAUGCGGAAUCGGUACAUAAAAUUCAUGAACAAGGCUAAGGAAGAACAUUCCAGCAGCAAGAGAGAAGACAAGGUGAGAGGAGAAGUUAGUGACAGUGGUGCAAAGGAUGAGAGAGAAUUUUCGGAUUCCGAGGUCGAGGAUGAGCGUGAAGAAAAUGUUGAUGACGAUUCUGAUGAUGAAGAAAAGGUUCAAAACCAGACUCCGAAGGAUGUCCAUAGAAACUCGGGUGGGAGAGAUGGUAGGAGGAGUUCUGGCAGGCACGCGGGUUCACGAGAGAGGCCGCAGUCAAGGCGGCGUCACAAAGUCAAGAUAUUGACGGAGAAAAGGACUCGGGUGUAGUGAAGGCUGAGAUCGAUCAUCUGGUGUUUAGCGGCAUUUUCAUAGAGGAUCUCGGCUCUGGAGCAUGUAAGAGAGACUUGUCCAAGAAUAGGGUUUGGCGAAAUUCACAAACUUGAUAAGAGUUUGUCUCUCCAGACGUGAAGAAGAAGAAGAUGCUGUUGGGCAACAAAUGAAGAGAGCACAGCUAACGUUGGACGUGACCUUGAUCUUGAAAUGGGACAAUAAUGUAAUACCGGUUUCAUAUAAAGUUAAAAAUUAGAAUUUUUUGGCCCACGCCUGUACAACUUAACUGUUGCUCCGCUCGAUGGAUUUGCACACCGGUUUCAUGUAAACUAUGGCAAGUUUCAUAGAUUGAACUCAAACAAGGGAUCUAUGGAAUGGGAUUAUAUUGUAGUUGGGUCGAA